CCUCAUAAUACCCACAGGGCAUCUUCUCCCAAUUAACUUCUUUACCUAUAUAACAAUCCACUUCCAAUUGUUUGCAACACUUGGUUUUAGUUUUAUACUUACCAUUUGAUUGACAAAUAAUGGAGGCCUUCAUGGAGGAGUUUCAACAUCUUAAGAUCCAACUACAAGAGAUAAACUUAGCCACCGCCAACUUUGAUAUGAACAACGUUAUCGGAAAAGGUGGAUUUGGGAUGGUGUACGAAGGAGUACUUUCUCACUCUAAGGGACAAAGCAUGGUUGCUUUCAAGCGUUUAAAUCGUAGCAAUGGUCAAGGAAACUGUGAGUUCUUGAAAGAGAUCAUGAUGCUCUCCCGCUACACACAUGAAAAUCUCAUCUCUCUACUGGGAUUUUGUGACGAGGAUGGUGAAAAGAUCCUUGUGUACGAGCAUGCAUAUAAUGGAAGCCUUGAUCGCCAUUUGAGUAAGACUACCCUCACGUGGAGGCAACGUCUCAAGAUAUGCCUUGGGGCUGCAAUGGGAUUGUGCUACCUUCAUGAUCCCAAGGAAACACAUCAAAGAGUUCUCCACCGAGAUAUAAAAAGUUCCAACAUUUUGCUAGAUGAGAAUUGGAAUGCAAAAGUCUCCGACAUGGGGUUGUCCAAAAUAGGACUUGCUAAUCAACAACACACGGCUCUUGUCUCCAAUGUUGUAGGUACCUUUGGGUAUGUUGAUCCAAUGUAUGCGGAGAACAGUAUCCUAACGAAAGAGUCAGAUGUAUAUUCUUUUGGCGUGGUCUUGUUUGAAGUAUUGUGUGGGAGACUAUGCUUUGAAAUUAAUGAUGGUGAUCAUUUUCGGUGUUUAGUGCGGACGUGGAAACAAAGCUAUAAACAAAAGAAAUUGGAUGAGAUUAUCUUUCAAGAUUUGAAGCAAUACAUAGAUCCACGUUCACUAGAAAUAUUUUCAGCCAUUGCGUAUCAAUGUUUGCAGAAAUAUCGUGAAGCACGACCAACGAUGUCUCACAUUGUGGAAUAUCUCGGAAUUGCGCUUCGGCUUCAGGAGAUUUUUGAAAAGGUAGGACAACCAAUGAACUUUGAAGAGAUGAUUAAGAUUGAGGUAUCCAAAGGGAAACUAAAGAUGCUUCUCUCUCGUCAAGGAAUGCUCAUUAACGGGGGCAAAAUGGGAAUAGGUGUGGCCAAAUCCAUUGUAGAAACGCCAACAAGUGUACCACAAAAGGAAAAACCUUUAAAGUGUCCCAGAUGCGAAUCAACAAACACAAAGUUUUGCUAUUACAACAACUACAGUCUUACUCAACCAAGACACUUUUGCAAGACUUGUAGAAGGUAUUGGACUCUUAAUGGGUCUCUAAGAAAUGUUCGCGUUGGCGGUGGUUCAAGAAAACCUAAGCGAUCAUUUCAAGACUUGUAGAAGGUAUUACAAGGAAUUGGACAAUUUUAGAAAUUUUGUGAUUUAUUUUUUCAAUCACAAACAAGGCCUUGUCCCUUUUUUCAUUUUCGGAAACAAAAUGGCAUGCCGGAUGCAGUUUCCUUUGUUUUGAAAAGUACAUGUAACUUAUAUCAGUU